GCAAAUGCCGUUUUCGAAGAGCACCCCACCGAAGUUCAUCACAUUUCCGUUGAGCGAUGCUUUAUGGCCCCCAAAGCAGACCCAGUUCCGGGUAUCGGAUGUAUUCAAGCUGGAAACACAUUCCCUUUCCAUUUGGUCCCUUCAGCUCUGCUGCCCCAACGAGAAAGAGUUCCUGUCGUCAGUGCAAGUGUUGCACGUGGUCCCAACACUAAGCUCGGCACAAUCUCGUCGCCUUUCAAUCAGUUUACCUACCUCAACCCACCUGUUCUUUGUAGCUAUCAACCUGCGAAGCUGUCAACUGCGUCUACACGCAAUCAACAACACGCUACACCGGAGAUAUUCGAAGCCAAAAGUCUACGGGCCUUUGCAAUGGGGGCUGAUUCAUGACGGGCAUCAAGCUGGAUAGACAGGAAGAACGCCAGCAGUCGGAAUUGCACUGAAGCUUGGUGCGGAAUUCUGUUCGACCUUCAAUGCCUUGAUGGGUCCAGAUUUUCCAUGUGUAAAAAUGACGUCGUCCGGGGGACACUCAGGGCUGGUAAUCCCAAUCACGGGUAUGACACGACACAGGCAUACCCUGGGCCUUGUAAUGCAGGAAACGAAAGAUU